UGCACCAUCAAAGGGCAUCGUCACGACUCCACUCUUCAGCCUCAAAGCCCCAGCGGCUCGGUGUGCUUACAACAUUGUUCCCUUUCCCUCCGUGUGGAUGUUGACUGAGGCCGGUUUCUCACGGGGAACGUUUGGUUUGGAAACGGUGCGUCAACCAUGAUGAUUUAACAGAGUUCUUCUCCAGGUUCAGGGGUGGACUGUUGCUCCAAAGAUGCGCAGACUGUCUCGGAAGAAAGCUCUGAAUUUAGUAAAGGAGCUGGAUGCUUUCCCCAAGGUUCCUGAGAGUUAUGUGGAAACAACAGCAAGUGGUGGAACCGUGUCUCUGAUUGCCUUCACUGCCAUGGCACUGCUGGCCUUCUUUGAGUUUUUCGUCUACCGGGACACGUGGAUGAAGUACGAUUAUGAAGUCGAUACGGAUUUUUCUAGCAAAUUAAGGAUUAAUAUAGAUAUUACAGUCGCCAUGAGGUGUCAAUUUGUGGGUGCAGAUGUGUUGGACCUGGCCGAAACUAUGGUCGCAUCCGAUGGCUUGAAGUAUGAGCCGGUGGUGUUUGAACUGUCUCCUCAGCAGAGAUUAUGGCACAGGACACUCCUGCUGAUUCAGAACAGGCUGCGUGAGGAGCACUCCCUCCAGAAUGUCCUCUUUAAAAACGUGAUGAGAGGAGCCCCGACUGCAUUACCCCCGAGAGAGGACAGUCCCACGCAGCCACUGGACUCGUGCAGAAUACACGGACAUCUCUACGUUAAUAAAGUGGCUGGAAACUUCCACAUCACGGUUGGCAAGGCCAUCCCACACCCAAGAGGCCAUGCUCACUUAGCUGCACUAGUCAGCCAUGACACUUACAACUUCUCCCACAGAAUAGACCACUUGUCCUUCGGCGAGGAAAUCCCAGGCAUUCUGAACCCGCUAGACGGCACAGAGAAAGUGUGCACAGAUCAUAAUCAGAUGUUUCAGUACUUCAUCACCAUUGUACCGACCAAACUGGAAACCUACAAAGUGACAGCUGAUACUCAUCAGUACUCUGUUACAGAAAGGGAGCGGGUGAUUAACCAUGCGGCAGGAAGUCACGGCGUCUCUGGAAUUUUCAUGAAGUACGACCUCAGCGCGCUCAUGGUCCGGGUAACGGAACAGCACAUGCCGUUUUGGCAGUUCCUGGUGCGAUUAUGCGGCAUCGUCGGAGGCAUCUUCUCUACGACAGGCAUGCUGCACAACCUGGUCGGCUUCUUUGUAGACAUCAUCUGCUGUCGCUUUAAACUUGGAGCCUAUAAGCCCAAACAGGUCAGUGUCGUGGAUGGGCACGCAAACAGUCAAACGCCUCUACUGUCAGAGAACGGUGGACUCUAGCAGCACAGUGCUGGUUCCCCCUUUACCUGAGGAUCUUCUCUACCUGGAACACAAGCACACCACGGACUGAACCAACCACGCAGCCCAUAGCUGCUGUCAUUAUUGACUUCUCUGGCAAUGUGGUAUUGUGAAGGGCUGCCUGCUCCAAGCACAUAACUGUAACUCAGGCUGUGAGCACAAGUAUUGUUUGGAUGCCUCAGCGUUUCCGUCAUUCUGAUACCAGUGUCAAUCAUCUGCCCUCUAGUAGUUUUUGUGCUUGCGAGAGGCAGCAACUUCAUUUGGAAACCAGCCUGAUAGUAUAUACAUCAUGUCUUGGACUGAUUUCUUCACGGCCAUCACUGCGCUCUUCAUCCACAAUCAUUCACCAUCAUUCACCUUUUACCCAGAUUCAAUUGAUAUACAAUUUUAAAAUGUGGUUUUUUUUGUUGUUUUUUUAUUAGCCAUUACUGAUAAAUUAUGACUUGAGAAAUGAGUGCGGUAAUUUUGAAAUAAAUUCAGUGAAUCAGGAAAAUCUGUAUGAAUCAUAGCAGUAUUAUGAUUUACGUGGAAGUCACGUCAUGUUUGAUGGCAUGCGAUUGAUUAAAUGUGUGUGGAUACGGUUAUGUAUUUUUAUUUUCCGGGUUUGUUUUUUUAGCAGUUGGACACUUUUUUUUUUUCCUCAGGAUGAAGUAACUCAAAACAUCUUUCAAAAUAAAUGAUGAGUGAUUGUG